AUGUCAGAAUCAAUCAAUGGGUCAUCGUCAAAACCACCAUUGGAACGGAAUCGUCCAAUUCAUGGACGUCAACGUGCUAGAAAGGCUUGUAUUCCUUGUCGACAACGAAAGAGAAAGUGCGAUGUAGAGUUUCCCUGUUCAAUGUGUAGCAGAUAUGGAUACAAUUGUCGAUACACAGAUGUGCGUACUCCUACAAUUCCCAAUCUUCCUCCCGUUCGGACCAUUCUUCCAGGUCUCGCCGAGAUGCAGCAUGAAUUUGCACCGUCAACUACAAAUCCUACAGAUGGACGUCGAAGUAUAGCGAAUACUCAGCCAUCAUCCAUAUCGUCUCAGAAUGUUGUCGAGCAGGGUAUUCUUGAUCCCCUGAAAUCACGAUACAUGAGUCAACAUUCUGCGGUUGCUUUUCCCAGAAGUCUUGGCGUGGAAUUUCAAUCUGCAAAUCCUCCACCUCUCCAUUCUUUUGCGUGGAAUUGUGGAAUCAGAGCUGAGGAAGCUGCAUCUGCUCAAACCAAUCUGACACAUUUGGUUUCGUUUGAUGAAUUUAAGCGCUACUCGGAUAUAUACAUGGCAACGGUUCAUCCACCAUUUGGAUUCCUAGAUUGGCCAUAUUUCACGAAACGGUGUAAUGAUUAUUGGUCUAAUCAAGGAAAGGAUUUGACAUUUGGUGCUGUUGUUGGGGGAGUUGUAGCUUUGGGAUCAUUUUUUGCUUUUCGAUUAGGUCAUCCUCGAGAAUUGGAUAUUGUUCAACAUGUGAAAACGGUUCUUGAAGAUCCUACAUUUAGCCGCCAUCCUUCAAUUGACCAAAUAAAUGCAUGGAUCUUGCGGACUCUAUAUCUUCGUUCAACGACUAGACCUCAUGUAGCAUGGCUUGCUAGCUGUAUCACGAUACAUUUGGCUGAAGCUACGGGCUUGCAUCAAGAAGUCCAUUCGGUACUCUUAGCUACGGAAGGAGAUACACAAGCAAAGGGGAUGGAUGAAGCAGAGAUUGAACGAGCAAGGAAAACCUUUUGGAUGGCUUGGUCUGUUCACACAAUCAUAUCAUAUGAAUAUGGAAGAUCUGCAGUAAUUCUCAACAGCAUAACUUGCAAGCCUAUCAAGGAAACCAUAGGUGAUAGUACUGCUAUCCACAUAAAAAUUGCCCAAUUAAUUCCCCGCGACAACAUGAUCACCAGUUCAGAAACACAUAAAGAAGAACUAAUGAGCGCGUUAAAAGAAUUGUCUCAAAUUCAAGUCGAGCAUCCUUUUCUCUCACUCUCCAAAGGCGACGUAUGCUUUUGUUUCUACCGAAGAUUACGAAUCAUGAAACACGUCCUAGAAAAAGAAACCAUCCAAUCCAUCAUCGAAAUCGGCAACAAAGCCGCCGAAGCCGCCGACACAUUUGCACGUAACGGACAUCCAUGGUGGAACAUCCUCUCCACCACAUUCCAAUACUUCUGCGUACUCCUCGCAAUCGACACCUCGGAAAGUCUCUCCAACGUCUCCUGGGUUCUGAAUAUCCUUGAAAAUAUCGUUAGGAUUAUGGAUACGCAUUUAGCGGUUGAAGCAUUCGAUACGGCGAAAGUAUUGUUGAGAGAUAGUAUGGCGAAGAAGAGGAGGGAUUUGGGUUUUUUGGAAAAUGCCGAUGGGCAGCAUGGUCCGGAGUUGGAGGGUUUGGUCGAUAUUAAUUGGGAUGCUCUGCUGGAUCCGACGUUUCCUGAUGCUUUGAUGAGUGAGGAGUUUUCGAUUUAUCAUUCUUAG